UCAAGUUAGUCUGCCGCGAACGAUGCGCUGGGCGGUUGUGUCUUGCGUAGUGCCCGUGUUUAUUCGGAACUUCGAAAUUAUUUUACGAAAAUAUGUGAAGUUUCCAAACAUAAAUUUGUGCAGAACUACCGUGCAAGACUUAGAGUAUAGAGUGUAGUUAACUUAGAACCUUACAAUUAAGUAGUUUUAAGUCAUUGAAACUUAAUAGGCUUACUCGUUUUACCUGCAUACUUGGUUCGUCCCACGACUCGCGCGAAGCGGUUGUUACCUUAUCGAAGAAACGAACACUUUUCAAAUGGAUGUGCGGUUAUAUUUUGUCUGUGAUAGUGUACGUGUUUUGUGAUGACAAGACUCGGAUAGUGUUUUGUCCGAGAUUUGUAACAAGUUAAGAAAAUUUUGUUGUGUUCUAAGUUGAAAAGAAGAACAUGGUUAUGUGCGGGGGAGAGACGGGUUGGUUCGUCGCGCUAUGCAUCGGGGCGCUUGCUUUAGCGUCAGCACAGUUCACAAAAGCUCGAGAUUACACUUACGGGUCACAUCAUGUCACGAGGUUACGACACUCAAGACACUUGGAUGGGUAUCUUCCUAUGCAUCCAGCCGCCUUUGUACCGGCGCACACACCGAAGCUGGCAGUGAAGGACAACCAUAAGCCUCUAUUCACGGAGUGCUUGAACUAUAGGCCGUCCGUUAAGGAGGAGCAGCCUGUCGGGACCUAUGUAUUCACGGUCCACGCUGAAGAUCGAGAUCCACCCGAGAUGGGCGGCACAGUCACAUACCAAUUUGUUACGACUCCUGGAGAGAAGGAGCGGUUUCACGUGGAUCCGGUCAGCGGCAGGAUUACAACGGCAGAUGUUUUCGACCAUGACGAACCUUCGAGAGAAAAAGAAGCAUACAUUACAGUAAGAGCGAGUGACAACGGCCAGCCACAUUUAGAUGACGCUUGCACAAUUAAAAUAUUAAUUGAGGACAUUAAUGACAAUCAGCCGGUGUUCGACAAAGUUUCAUAUAUGGAGUCAGUACCUCAAGAUUUACCAAGCGGUCGUGAGGUCAUGAGGAUAUCAGCUACUGACAUUGACGAUGGGAAUAACUCCAUAGUCCACUACAGUUUGGACUCCAACUCACCUGACCAAUCAUACUUUUACAUAGAUCCUGAUAAUGGAGUAAUUUUUUUAAACAAAUCUAUUGAUAAAGUGCCCGGUUACAAAUUUAAGUUAAGCGCGAUAGUGAAAGAUAUGGGCGAUCAACCCCAACAGAGCUCAAUAACUUUAGAUAUUCAAGUCGUGGAAUCUAACAAGAAAAGUCCGUCUUUCAUAGAAGUUCCCGAUGAACCGAUUAGAUUAAAAGAAAAUUACGCCGAUUUCAAAACGCCUAUCGCUACAGUUAGAGCUAUUUCCAAUAUACCUGAGGAAGAAAAGUUACAAUUCGAAUUAGUGAUGGGUCAAACAGAACAGACAAAUAAAAGACACACUUUUGUAUUAGAACCUGAAGCAAACACAGCGUACAUCAAACUUGGUAAUCAUUUAGAUUAUGAGAAAAUCACAGAUUAUACACUGACUGUUAGAAUACAGAAUAACUAUAAAUUAGCAGCAGAAACCAUAAUUCAAAUUGAAGUCGAAGACGUCAAUGACAACAUUCCCAUAUUCAGUGAAAUUAGAUCAGGAAGUGUCUUAGAAAACGAACCACCGGGUACGCCAGUGAUGCAAGUUCGAGCAUUCGACGCUGAUGGAACGGCAGCUAAUAACCAAAUUACUUAUCAAUUAGGAGAUCCUUCUGAUCCAUUUCUUAUAGAUCCUAUCACUGGCAAUAUUACAACGCAGAAAAUGUUUGAUAGAGAAGAAAAAAGUUCUUACAAUAUCAAGAUAUUAGCAACUGAUAAUUCUGAAUCAGCUCUUAUCCCUGGCAAACAUAAUAUUGGUCAGCAAUCGUUCUUGAUUGAAAUUGCCGAUAAAAAUGAUAAUCCUCCACAUUUUCAAAAGGAUACAUAUGUUGCGGAGUCAAUAGCUGAAAACGCUAAUACAAACGAACUUGUCACUGUAGUCAAAGCCGUUGAUAUCGAUACAGCAUCCGUGAUUAGUUACAGCAUUGUGGCUGGCAAUACAUACGACGCGUUUGUCAUUCGUAAUUUUACUGGUGAAAUUCGAGUCAACAAUGAAUUAGAUUACGAAAAUAUUACUAGUUACAGUUUGGAUGUUCGUGCUUUUGAUGGUCUUUACGAAGACUAUGCGAAAGUCAUAAUUAAUAUUGAAAACGUAAACGAUAAUCCCCCUGUCUUCUUAGCGAACUAUACUAAAACUAUUGAAGAAGAAAAACUAUAUGAAGGAUGUAUUGUGAAGGUGGAAGUCUACGAUCCUGAUAUCAAGGACCGUAAUGCACCCCAAAAUAUAGUUUAUUCUCUGGUCAACGAAGAGCAAAAAGAGUUUCUACAAAUUGACAACGAUGGUUGUUUGCGGCUGUUGAAGCCAUUAGAUCGAGACCAGCCAUCCGGUUUUACACGAUGGCAGAUCUUGGUAACAGCUGCUGACCAUGGAGGAAGGCCUGACAGCUUGAAAACCGCAACUGAAGUUAUAUUGGAGCUCACAGACAUCAAUGAUAAUGCACCUUUCCUUACGAAUACGCAGCCAGUCAUUUGGUAUGAAAACGAGCCUCCAGGUCGGUCUAUCGUCACCCUCACCGCUAAAGACUACGACUCCCCAGAGAAUGGCCCGCCCUUCGAAUUCGCCCUUAACGACUCUGCGUCUAUGGAUAUACGACAGAAAUUCCAAAUACAAGGGAAUGUUCUUUCAACACUGGUGACCUUCGAUCGCGAGCAGAAGAAACAGUACGAGAUCCCAGUUGCUAUAACCGACUCGGGGACCCCGAGGUUGACCGGUGUCUCCAUCCUGACUGUUGUUAUCGGAGACAGGAACGACAACCCCAUGGGUCCAGGGCAUAGCAACAUCUUCGUUUACAACUAUAAGGGUGAAGCUCCCGACACGGAAAUCGGACGGGUGUACGUCGACGAUCCGGACGACUGGGAUUUACCGGACAAGCGGUUUAUGUGGUUGCCGUCGUACGAACAAAGAAGUCCUUACUUCGAUGUGCAUAGCAAGAAUGGUAUGAUCACAAUGAAAGAGGGAACGCCCAAUGGAACAUAUCUGCUGAGGUUUAAUGUAACAGAAGAGAACGAACCAAAGGUACCAUUCCAUUGGGUAGAGGCGACGGUCAAUGUAACCAUAAAAGAGAUUCCAGAGGAAGCAGUUGAUAAAUCUGGCUCCAUCAGAUUUAUAAAUGUAACAGCUGAAGAGUUCAUUAUUCCUGAAGCAGAUGGCACUAGUAAAAAGGACAAGCUGCACCGACGUCUCGCCCAACUAUACAACACGUCUCUGGACAACGUGGACGUUUUCACCGUGUCAAGCAAGAGGACUGUUCAGGACGCAUUCUUAGACGUGCGUUUCUCAGCGCACGGGUCACCGUACUAUCCAGCGGAAAAACUUGAUAGCAUGGUUAUAGGCAUACAAGAAAAGCUGGAAGACGAGCUCCAAGCCAAGAUAUACAUGGUGAAGAUUGACGAGUGUCUCAUAGAAAAGGAACAAUGCGAGGAGUCGUGCAGAAAUAUUCUCGUCAAGAACAACGUACCUCUCUCUGUGUACACGAAUACCACUAGCUUCGUGGGUGUAUCGGCGCGUAUCGAGUCUGAAUGCACCUGUGAAUGGGUGGAUACGCUCAUUUGUUUGAAUGGAGGAACGCCCAUAGCGAACCAAUGCGAAUGCAGAGAGGGUCUUACAGGCCCCCAUUGCGAGGAGACAUCUAUCGGUUUCCACGGUGCUGGAUGGGCCAUGUACCCCUCGCCGCCUGCGUGUCACGAGGGCCGUGUGACUCUGACCGUGACCGCUCACUCUGUGAACAGCCUAAUCUUCUACCUGGGACCCCUGAAGUAUAACCCACUCUUGGAAGUACAAGACUUCAUGUCGCUAGAGCUGGUGGAAGGGUAUCCAGUACUUCUCGUCAACUACGGCUCUGGUACUACCCGGCUCAACAACAGUGUGGUACGGGUCGCUGAUGGGAAGCCUCAUCUGAUCGAGAUAGUCCUGAUGAGGAGUUCCAUUGAGAUGUUUGUGGAUCGGUGCAAGCUGUCCACGUGUAUGAGUUUGGCUGCCCCAACUGGUCCCAAACAAAUAUUGAACGUGAACGGCCCUCUGCAGCUUGGUGGUUCUAGCAUCGAUUUGGAGAAUAUAGCGCGAUCUUUCUCGUGGAAGCACAUCCCUACAAAUCAACCGUUCAUGGGCUGCAUCAGCAAUUUCACAUACAAUGAUAUUGUGUAUAACCUCGGACAGCCGUCACUUGAGAAGGAGGCAGACCCGAGUUGCCAGCGGAGUAUGUUCACGGCCGUUACAUUUGGCAUCGACACGAACUUCCUCGUCGCCAUAUUAGUUUGCAUUGCCAUAUUAAUUAUAUUACUUCUAGCAAUGGUCGUCCACCGACGUAGAGCGAUCGCGUGGGCAGAGAAAGAACUCGAUGAUAUAAGGGAGAACAUCAUAGCUUACGAAGACGAAGGCGGCGGCGAGGGCGACGCUGGAUACGACCUUCAUGUUCUCAGGCAGAUGUACGACGGACCACCCACUGAUGCGGACGCACCAUUUAUAUAUAGCGGAGGCUUAAAAUCCGCCGCGCCCGAUAUCUCUGGCUUCCUGGAUGACAAGAAAUCCGUCCUGGACCGUGAUCCGGACAUCAACCCCUACGACGACGUGCGGCAUUAUGCUUACGAAGGAGACGGCAACACCAGUGGUUCAUUGUCCUCGCUGGCUAGUUGUACUGACGAUGGAGACUUGAAAUUCAACUAUCUAUCCACGUUCGGCCCUCGAUUCCGCAAGCUGGCGGACAUGUACGGAGACUCUGACGAUGAGAGAGCGCCCCACGAGGAGUCAUGGUGCUAGCGCCACGCCUGGCUCGUGUAGCCACGUAAAUGUAACCCCUAUAUGACUCUUGCGUAAGGGCUAAAAUGCCCUGUGUGUUGCUUGGUGACCAAGCUUCGAGAUGCCUUAACGCUCAUUUUCGUUGUGUUAGUUCGACGCUGUUGAGUUUUACAACUCGUUUCGAAUGGAUCCCACCGUUUCAGCGGAUUAUGCUUUAACUUUUUACUGCGACCGUAUCAUUCUAAUUUACAAGUGAUGUUUGAUUACAAAAUUUUUUAAUGUGUGAUAAGUAAACGGUAUAAAUAAAUCCAUUAGUCUCGUCGAUUUUGCGGUACGUUGUUUAACUGUAUGGUAAUAUACAAACUUGUAUUGGUAAUAAUUUUUGCAGUCUUAAUUUUUUUGUGAUUACGGAAUUUUUUAACAAAAUAUUUGUCUUUAAUAUUUUAUACUCUAAUGUGAAAAUCUUCAUAUAAAAAUGGUGAUUGGCAUUUUAAAGAUUUCUUUUUUACCUUAGUAAUUUUCCAUUUAUAUAGGAUUUAUUAAAUUGUCAAGACUAAUCUGCAUUUAUUGUUCAAAACUUGAAAUCUUAAUUUAAAUAAUACUAAACUAAACGCAUUGGUUACAAAAACGUUCUCAAAAAAAAAUCAGAUAUUAAAUUCUGUACGUAAUUAUUUAUUGAGUAAAUUCGAAGCAUCACAAUGGAAAUAGGUCCGUUUUAUGUCUAUAAUUUUACUAUUUGAUACUUUCAAUCGACGAGCUAUUUUCUUUUGAAUACGCGAGCUUUAUUAGUCAUAUUAUUUAUAAUGGACAGAGUAUUGUAAUGAGCGGCGUUAGUGAAUGUAAGGACAUGUCCAAAGUUGUGAUGUUUAUAAGCUAUAACGUUGUGUGAAUGUAAAUUAUCAUUUACAAUUCUAGCGACAAAGUGACAGCUGCAUUUAUGACUACAAAACCUGAAGUGCCAUUAAUUGAGGACCUAUAAUAUUUUUGUUUGUACCUCUCUAUAAUGUUUUUGUCUUAUGCCCCGUUUACAUUGCUAAACACUCGCAUAAGUGCUUUAAUAGUGGUGUGUAAACGGUAGCUUUCAAAUGAUCAGUAUGAUUCUCUUUAGUGGAAAUGUACUCGUGAAAGAUUGACAAGUUUUAUGUAAGUAAAACUAAAGCAUUUGAUGCGAGUGUUACUAUUGGUAGUGUGAACCGGGCCGUGAAGUCCUUUUCAUAAUAUGUACUCAUUGUAAAAAUAUUCGUUACAGAUAUUUCAUUAAAUAAUUACAAUUUAAAAAGAAUUUAAGAAAUUCAUUAAUUUUUAUAGUUAUUGACAUCAUAAUAUUAUUUAUGAAAUUAAUAAUUAUAAAAAUUAAUAAAUAUUUACUUCAAUUAUGUUUGAUUUCAUUUAAUUAAAAUGUAAUAAUCAAAAUAAACAUUACCUCUGUGUGUAAUGAAUAAAACUAUUCCAAAUAACAACACGUAAUAUUUUUUUUUAAUGAGUACAAUUGUAAGGGAACUAGGCGAAUAUAAAACAAAAUUAAAUAAGUUUUAUUUUAUACUUUUAGUUUAAUUAUUGUAUUGUGUUGAAUGAUAGUAUAAGACUGUAAUAUAGAUGUCAUUUUAUUUAUGAGAAUGAUCCGUAUGGCCGUAGAAAUAAGGUCGUGUAUUCUAUUGUGAGCAGUUAUAAUUUGAUCAUAAUGUAACUGUAAAUAGGAUUUAAUUCAUAUGUAAAUAUGUAAAUGAUACAUAUUGGGUGAGUGUGUUUUAUAAAUGACGAAUGACUAUGCCGUAUAUUAGAAUAAUGUUUCCAGGUGUCUUAAAAUUAUGCAUAUCAACGAAUAUAUAAUAUGUGUAUGUAACAUCCGUGUUAUCUAUGAUUUUUCAUUAACCUGUAUUGAUAGGUAGUUAAUGUGGAGCGACCAAAAAGGUAUGUUCUUGAAUGUUCUUUUUUUUUUCAAAUUGUCAAAUAUUUCUGUCAAAAAAUAUAAUUUAUAAUUAAAGUUUUUUCAAACAUACGUUCACAAUGUUUUAAUUGUGAUUAUUUCAAUUUGUUUCAAUAGUCGUCCACUGUAGGUGUAAUUAGUUUAGUACUGUCAACAAUUAGUUCAAACGUUCGUUAUUCAAAUACCACCAAUAAGUGUUUUAUUAUUUUGUUUAAUGUCACCAAUGUAGUGGUGGAAUUAAACAAAAUAAUAUAGUAAUAGCCAACAUAUUGACGAAAUUAAACAAAAUAACGCUUAACUAGUAGAUAAUUAUCCAUAUAUAUUUAAUGUGUUUUUGUUUAUAAUUUCAAAGUAAUAUCCGGAUAUGAUUGUAAUAUUUUAUUUUAGUAAUUUUUGUAUUCUAAUAUCUAAGUUUAUUUCUUUUUGUUGGCCAGCAUUUGGGGUGAUUCUAAAUUGUUAUUCUCUAUCUCUUGAAUUAAAAUCAGUUUAAUAUCGUAAUUUUUAGUAUUAUUUUAAGAACUAGUAUGAUUCAAAUCUUAAUAGAUUUGAAUCGGCUACUUUUAUUUAGUUCUUACUGAUCUCUACAGUAACAUUCGCUAAACUACCAAUAUAUAAUUUUAAUUUAAGAGAUAAAUUUACAGAAUGGUGUUUCAGAAUCACCAUUAAGUUAUUCAAUUUUUUUAGCUGCUUCAUAGGCGAUAAGUUUUAAUGAGCUUUGAUGAUUAAGCUUUCUGUGGUUUUAUUUAUAACAUUGAAUACUAUGUGAUUGAAAUAAGAAUAGGAACUCAAUGACCUUGACCUGUUUAAUGUUAUUUGAUAAAAGUGUGCAAAAAGAUUAUACUCCAGUUUUUUUAUAUUAUUUUAAUUAAUUAUUUUUGCUUACCCUACCUUCACUUUAAACAUCGUAGUAAAAGUCAUUCCUUUUUUAUUUAAUUUGUAUUGUACUUGUUUUACAUUCCGUUUUAUGCAAUUAAAAUUUGAAUUAGAAUUGAUUUUUAAGAGAAAUAUACUCUUUCGACAUGACGUUAUAUUUAAUUUCUGUCAACUAUUUUUUUAACUAUAUAUCAAUACCUACAUAAGUGUGCUGAUGUGUUGUUUAUGAUUUUAUAUAAUUGUUUAUUAUACCUUUUUUAAAAAGUUGUGUUUUAUAUUUUUUAAGUUUUGUAUUGUCAACAAAUAAAUACUUUCCAUCAUUCAAAACGUAUUUAUUUACAAAUUGUUUUCGAUGAUAAUUUUUUUUUUUUCAUUUAAACAAAAUAAAAGCAUUAUUUAGUUUGAAUUACAAUUCAUUUGUUAAUAUUUUUAUUAUAAGACAAUAUUAAAAUGAAUACAGAUAUACAUAUUAAAGUAUAUAGUCACUUUGAGUUGGAGUAAUCUUAUAUUAUUUUCCUUUUUGCACAUAAUUUAUUAAUGCCAUUUAAGAAAAGUACUUAUGUGUUACAAGCGAGAAAAAUUUACUCAAAGUGUUAUAUUAAUAUAAAAUGAACAAAUUAUUGUUAAAGUUAAAAUACGAUUGAAUCUAACCAGUAUAUCUUUAAAUAGGUAACAUCAUUGUACAGUUUCUAUAUUGCACAUAUUUCUCAUACUAGUUACAUUAAUACGCUAUGACAUUUUAAAAUGAUGAUAAAUAUAAUAAUAUCGGUUCUCAUUUUUAUCAUGUAGUUAAAUACAAAUCUGUCCAUAGUAAUUAUUAUGCAUUGACGUAACUUAUUCAUGUGCUAUGUAUUAUUAAGUGGUGGUAAAGAUAUGUUUCUAUAUGUGUACAUCCAUCAUUCCAAUAGUAUAAUGUAGCAAUGUUUUAUUAGUGUACUUGUUGUUGUGUCUACCUUAUAAUUAUUAGUAUUAAAGGGGAGCUCUGAAUAAUAUUUCUCUUGAAUGUAACAUGAAAUGUUACAUUUUGUGAAAAUGUUACAAAUGACUGUAUUAUUUGUGAAUGUAUACACAAGUGUAGUUAUUGGUUUAGUUGCCGUAAGAUUCGUCUUUUUCCUGUUUGAGAGAGUAUAGUCGUAAUAUUAACUCAAUUUGUAACAUGUUACGUUUUGAGAAAAUGUUAGUAAUCAGUGCUGGCCUAUAUUGGAGCAAUUAUUCGUACUUAUAGUCUGAUGGUGAACAUUUUCUGUUACAUAUGUAUUUUGUAUGUAGAAAUGGUUACCAUCAGAACAAAAAUUAAGACACUGCCAUUAAGGAAAGGGAGAGAGGAUAGGUAGUCUUUGUAAAUUUAUAACAUUGAUAUGCGUACAUAGAUAAAUGUAAUUAUAAUAAUGAAUUCAUUUUAUAUUUUGUCUAGUUUCUCCUUUUAUUUUUACGUCUUUUAUAUCUAUUGAAAGUAAGUGAUGUAAUACGGUUUCGUAUUGCAAUAUUUGUGGGUGGGAAUAUAGAGAAUGACGAAAAAAAUUCGGACUGCUGCUAAAUUAUUUGAUACUUGUAAUAUAAAAGUCAUAGUGAUAGAAUUAUUUAAGAAACUUAUCUAAUGUCCCAAGCAACGCCUACUGUACUUGUUAUUGAAUUUUGCCACAUUUUUUUAUAUAAAUUUAAAGGUUAAAUCUUGAACAAAUUAUCCGAAAAGUGUAUGAUAAAUACGUUUACCUUGUAUCUGUAGAAAAGGCAAAGUAUAAGGGCGUAUUUUGACCACAACAUUGUAUGGAUCAAGUUGCAAAUAGUAAUGGGUAAAUUAUAUUUACAACGCCAUUACGAUUACCGCUCUAAGAGAAUUGACCCUAUUUAAAGUUCAUUAUAAACUAAGGCAAAAAGUAAGGCUCAGACUGAUUGUCAUAAAUGUAAGUCGACGAUAGAUUCUAUCCUAAGUAACAAUGUAAAAUUUAUAGCGAGUAAAAAUAUUGAUACUUAUUCAAUUAAGUGAAAUAAAGUGAUUCAAUUUAA